UUUUUUUUUUUUCCAUGUUUAUAUAAACUGGUUCUCUGUUAAAAAUUGAGUCUUGGUGAUGGAGUUCUUUUACUUCACUUGUUGUUAAUUUUCCCAGUUGGUUCUUCAACAUGAAUUUAAGACAAAAUGGAGGAAGAAAUUUAUGCUGAAAGAAGCGGAGGCUCUUCAAAGUUGAAAAUUACACUCCUUGAUGAGGAAGAUCAAGAAGAGGCUCAAAUUGAUGACAACCGAGAUGUUGAUUCAUAUGAUGAUGAUGAGGAUGAGGAUGAAGACAAAGAACCUGUGGGGUUAGGGGUUCUCGAAAAGCCUGAGAAUUCAUGGUCACUGCGACGUGAGUUAUUUCCAAGCAAAGCUGGGGGUACUCCUGCUUGGUUGGAUCCAAUUAACUUGCCAACAGGGAGAUCGUGUCUUUGCGAUUUCUGUGGCGAGCCUUUGCAGUUCAUGCUUCAGGUUUACGCACCACUCACAGAGAAGGAUUCGACUUUUCACCGCAUUUUAUUUCUCUUCAUGUGUACAUCAAUGACCUGUCUCCUUAAAGAUCAACAUGAGCAGUGGAAAAGGAACCAAGACAAGCCAUCCAGGAGUGUGAAGGUCUUCUGGUGCCAAUUGCCCCGUCAUAACUCUUUUUACUCCAGUGAGCCCCCGAGAAACAAUGGGAAAGAUAAACCUUCUAGUGCUGGAGCUGUUCUUUGAGGCUGGUGUGGUACCUGGAAAGGAGAUAAAGUUUGUGGUGGUUGCCGAAGAGCACAUUACUGCUCUGAGAAACACCAGGCCGUUCAUUGGAAAUCGGGUCAUAAAAGACGCUGCUUACCCUCGAGCAUUUCUCAGGAAGCAUCUGAACCUAGUAAUAAUAGAACUGUUGGAGUCUUGGAGAGUUGCAAGCGUCUCUGGCCAGAAUAUGAGAUUGCAAUUACUGAUGAAUGUGAGGAUAAGGCUUGUGAUGAUAAUGGACAAGCGAACUCAUUGAUUUCUUCAAGCCGAGUGGAUGAUUCAAUUGAGUCACUUAUAGCCAGCUUUGAGGGGGAAGAUGACAAGAAGAGUUGGACAUCUUUCCAGGAGAGGAUAUCCCGUACCCCUGAGCAAGUGUUAAGGUGUUAUUGAGAUUCGAUCAUGUUCUUGUGGUGGCCAACAUCAACUGGCCAGCCAUCAAAGGCUGACAUCCCUAAGCGCACCUAUUGUGGUGGCCGUAGGGCUUUUGAAUUUCAGGUUUUACCACAAAUACUAUAUUAUUUUGGUGUGAAAAAUGAUGUGCAUUCUCUUGACUGGGCUACUAUUGCUGUGUACACCUGUGAAUCCUCGUGUGAUGAACAUGUAGCUUACAAGGAGGAGUUUGCUUGGGUUCAAAUUGCAUCUCAAUCAAGCACAAUGCACAAGAUGACAUAUAGCGCGUGGUUUGAAUCAAAGAUGGAUAAUGGACCCGCUCUCUACCCUUAACUUUAAACACAAGACUUCUGGCUUCCCGCAAGGUUUGACUCGUGACGUGUGCCUAACGUGCACACCACGCGUUGCUCUAAAAUUUUGUUUCCCUUUUAUUUUUUUUCUCAAAUUAUUUGAAAUCUCCUUGUUAAUUUGCAGACAUUUUGCAUUACUACGUCAGUUGUGAAUGUCUUGUUGUA